GAUGAUGUCCCGCCCUACUUUAAGAUGGAGCCAGUUGCCACUCAGGUCCAUUUGGAGGGGAAUCGGCUGGUUCUGACCUGCAUGGCAGAGGGCAGCUGGCCGUUAGAAUUCAAAUGGAUCUACAACGGUACAGAGCUGACCCGAUUCUCACUGGAGUACAGGUACCUGAUUCCAUCUCUGGACCGCUCUCAUGCAGGCUUCUACAGGUGCAUUGUGAGGAACAGAGUUGGAGCGUUGAUACAGAGGAGCACUCAAGUUCAGGUUGCCUACAUGGGGGGCUUUGUGGAGGGCGAGCGUUCUCAGGUGGUGUCACAGGGAGAGGCAGCGUUGAUCUUCCCUCCACGAAUCCACAGUUUUCCCAGGCCCCAGAUCACAUGGUUCAGGGAUGGCCGAAAGAUCCCACCCAGCAGCCGCAUAGCCAUCACUCUGGACAACACGCUAGUCAUCCUUUCCACCGUGGCCCCUGAUGCUGGACGCUACUACGCCCAAGCUGUCAACGACAAAAACGGAGAGAACAAGACCAGCCAACCCAUUAUUCUCUCAGUGGAGAAUGUAGGAGGACCUGCAGACCCAAUUGCCCCCACCAUCAUCAUUCCACCAAAGAACACCAGUGUGAUGGUUGGUACAUUUGAGGUCACCAUGGAAUGUGUGGCCAAUGCCAGGCCCCUCAUAAAGCUCAGUAUAAUUUGGCGAAAAAACGGAGUGGUGGUAAGCAGAGGCUUGAGAGACUAUGGCCGACGGUUGACCAUCAGCGGGCCGCUGGUCAGCGACAGCGGCUUUUACGAGUGUGAAGCUUCUCUCCGCAGCAGCAGCGUGCCUUCCGUCAGCGCUGGAGCAUACCUGCAUGUCCUUGAGCACCCACAGUUUGUGAAAGAGCCUGAGAGACACAUCACUGCUGAGAUGGAGAAGGUGGUAGACAUCCCAUGCCAGGCCCGUGGUGUUCCUCAACCGGACAUAAUAUGGUACAAGGACGCUGUACCCAUCAGUCCAGUGAAGACUCCCCGCUACAGAGUGCUGGUUGGUGGCAGCUUGCAGAUCAAUGGCUUGCUUCCUGACGACACCGGAAUGUUCCAGUGUUUUGCACGCAACCUGGCAGGAGAGAUCCAGACAAACACCUACCUGGCUGUCACUAGUAUCGCACCCAACAUCACAGCGGGCCCGUCCGACAGCGCCGUGAUUGACGGCAUGUCCGUCAUUCUUCACUGCGAGACGGCAGGCGCCCCACGGCCGGCGAUUACGUGGCAGAAAGGUGAGCGUGUGUUGGCCAGCGGUUCUGUGCAGUUGCCCCGUUUCACUUUGCUGGAGUCAGGUAGUCUUCUCAUCAGCCCCUCUCACUUGUCUGAUGCUGGCACCUACACAUGCAUGGCCAGCAACUCCCGUGGCAUUGAUGAAGCGUCCGCUGACCUGGUGGUCUGGGCUCGAACCCGCAUCACCAUCCCACCCCAAGACCAGAGCGUUAUCAAAGGAACUAAAGCCGUUAUGGCCUGUGGAGUCACCCAUGACCCCAGUGUCACUGUCAGACACAUUUGGGAAAAAGGGGGCUCAGUGAUUGACGUGAACUCAAGCCCACGUCUCCGUGUGGAUUCAGACGGCACUUUGCAUAUCUCACAGACCUGGUCAGGAGACAUUGGCACCUACACUUGUAAAAUCACCUCAAUGGGGGGCAAUGACUCACACAGUGCCCAUUUACGAGUCAGACAGCUUCCUCACGCUCCAGAGAACCCUGUAGCCACCCUCAGCACAACCGAGAAGAGGACCAUAAACGUGACAUGGGCUCAGCCCUUCGACGGCAACAGUCCCCUCAUACGCUAUAUCCUCGAAGUUUCUGAGAACAAUGCCCCGUGGACCGUGCUCUUGGCCAACAUCGAACCCGAGUCAACAAGCGUGUCCGUGGGCAAUCUCAUCCCAGCCCGCUCUUACCAAUUUCGCCUCUGUGCUGUCAAUGAUGUAGGGAAAGGGCAGUUCAGCAGAGAGACUGAAAGACUUUCGUUACCUGAGGAACCCCCAAGUGCCCCUCCUCAAACUGUAAUUGCCAGUGGCCGCACCAACCAGUCCAUCAUGAUCCAGUGGCAACCUCCUCCAGAGAGCCACCAGAAUGGCCCACUGCAGGGCUACAUCAUCAGAUAUUGUCUGUCAGGUCUGCCAGUGGACUGUCAGAUAAAAAACAUCACUAAUCCAGACCAGACCAACUUGCUGCUAGAGGACCUCAUUAUUUGGACCAACUACGAAAUUGAGGUGGCAGCUUAUAAUGGCGCAGGCCAGGGUGUCUACAGCCACAAAGUCACAGAGUGGACUCUGCAGGGAGUGCCCACAGUCCCACCGGGAAACGUACAAGCGGAUGCUGUGAACUCCACCACCGUACGUUUCACAUGGAGCGCGCCAAGUCCACAGUUUAUCAAUGGCAUCAACCAAGGUUAUAAGCUGUUGGCAUGGGAACCAGGACAUGAAGAGGACGUUACCCUUGUGACAGCGAAGCCAAAUUUUCAGGAUAGCGUUCAUGUGGGUUACAUUAAUGGGCUGAAAAAGUUCGCCGAGUAUUUCACGUCAGUGCUAUGUUUCACCACGCCAGGAGAUGGACCUCGCAGCCCACCUCAGAGAGUGCGCACGCACGAAGACACUCCAGGGCCUGUUGGCCACCUCAGUUUCACUGAGAUCUUGGACACGUCUCUGAAAGUCAGCUGGAAAGAACCUCAUGAGAAGAAUGGCAUUCUUACAGGGUAUCGCAUCUCCUGGGAAGAGUUCAACCGCACCAACACUCGGGUUACCCAUUACUUACCCAACUUGACUCAGGAGUAUAGGGUCACUGGACUGACAGCCCUCACCACUUACACCAUCCAGGUGGCUGGUAUGACCUCCAAAGGCCAAGGUCAACUGUCGUCCUCCACAAUAUCCUCAGGAGUACCCCCUGAGAUGCCCGGGCCUCCCACCAACAUUGCCAUCUCAAACAUUGGCGCUCGCUCGGUAACUCUGCAGUUUAAGCCCGGUUAUGAUGGCAAAACUUCUAUCUCUCGCUGGCUGGUGGAGGCUCAGAUUGGUGUGAUUGGAGAGAAUGAGGAAUGGGUCAUGGUCCAUCAGCUGGCUAAUGAGCCUGACGCUCGAUCAUUAGAAGUUCUUAAUCUAAACCCUUACACCUUCUACAGAUUCCGCAUGCGUCAGGUAAACAUCGUCGGCACUAGCCUUCCCAGCCAGCCGUCCAGAAAGAUCCAGACCCUGCACGCUCCUCCAGACAUUGCCCCUGCCAAUGUGACUCUGCGCACAGCUAGUGAAACCAGCCUAUGGCUCAGAUGGGUGCCUCUGCCAGAGUGGGAGUACAAUGGGAACCCAGAUUUGGUAGGCUAUAGGGUGCAGUACUCACGGGCUGGUUCAAAGGGUGGGGUUCUGUCCCACGUGAUCCCCGAUAGACUGGAACGGGAAUUCACCAUUGAAGACCUGGAGGAGUGGACAGAAUAUGAGGUCAGAGUCCAGGCACUAAAUGGCAUUGGGUCGGGGCCUUGGAGCGAGCCGGUCCGUGGAAGGACGAGAGAAUCAGUGCCCUCUUGUGGUCCCAACAAUGUCUCUGCCUUCGCUACAACCUCUAGCAGUAUCCUGGUCCGCUGGGGUGAGGUUUCAGAACCUGACCGAAAUGGGAACAUCUUGGGCUACAAGGUGGUGUACAAGGAGAAGGACUCAGAAUCUCCUGUUCAUUUCUGGACAGUGGAAGGGAACACCAGUCACAGUGUUCAGCUGAGUGGUCUUGGAAAGUAUGUUCUCUAUGAGAUCCAGGUGCUUGCCUUCACCCGUAUUGGUGAUGGCAUGGCCAGCACUCCACCCAUCCUGGAGAGGACCCUGGAUGAUGUGCCAGGACCUCCAGUUGGGAUCCUGUUCCCUGAGGUGCGGACCACCUCAGUAAGACUCAUCUGGCAGCCCCCUGCCCAGCCCAACGGCAUCAUCCUAGCCUAUCAGAUUGCUUAUCGGAGAAAUUCCACCAAUAGCAACUCAGCUACAGUGGACGUGCUCAGCCCCAGUGCUCGACAGUAUACGGCGACUGGACUGAAACCAGAGAGUGUGUAUGUGUUCCGCCUCACUGCCCAGACACGGAAGGGCUGGGGAGAGGCAGCUGAGGCCCUAGUGGUUACCACAGAGAAAAGAGCACGGCCGCAGCCCACCAGCCGCCCAGUGAUCCCGCAGGAGGAGGUGCAAGCCCGCAGCGUGUUGCUGUCAUGGGAGCCAGGCAGCGACGGCCUCUCUCCAGUCCGGUACUAUACGGUCCAGUACAGAGAACUCCCGGACAGUAACUGGACGGUCCACUCAGCCUCCGUCAGCCACGAGGCUAACUCUUACAUCGUGGACAAACUCAAGCCAUUUACCUCCUACCAGUUUAGAGUGAAGGCCACUAAUGACAUAGGAGACAGUGAGUACAGUGAAGAGAGUGAAGCUAUCACAACACUGCAGGACGCCCCAGACCAAGCUCCCACAAUCCUCUCUGUCACGCCUCACACGACAACUUCAGUACUGGUCCGCUGGAAGCCCCCGUCUGAGGAGCAAAUAAAUGGCAUUUUGCUGGGUUUUCGCGUGCGUUACCGAGAGUUGCGCUACGACCGUCUUCGCAGUUUCACUGUGCGCACAGUCAACAACCCCUCUGCCAACUGGGCUGAGCUUACAGCCCCCUACAGCGUUAGGAAUCUCAGCGAGUCCUCACUCACCCAGUAUGAGCUGGACAAUCUGAGUAAACACAAACGCUAUGAGAUUAGACUGAGUGUGUAUAACGCUGUAGGAGAGGGGCCCAUCAGUUCUCCACAGGAAGUGUUUGUAGGAGAAGCAGUGCCAACUGCCCCCCCUCAGAAUGUGGCCAUCCAAUCUUCGACUGCCACUCAGCUGGAUGUCACAUGGGAACCUCCACCCGUAGAGUCACAGAAUGGUGACAUUCAGGGGUACAAGAUUUAUUACUGGGAGUUUCAGCUCCAGAAUGAAACUGAGAGACUGCGCACUCUCUUCUUACCUGAACUGGGAGUGAAGCUGAAGAACUUGACUGGCUACACCACGUACAUGGUUAGCGUGGCUGCCUUCAAUGCUGCUGGAGACGGGCCACGCUCCCUGCCCACCAGAGGGCGCACUCAGCAAGCAGCCCCCAGUGCUCCCAGUUUCAUCCACUUCAGCGAGCUCACCACCACCUCCGUCAACAUGUCCUGGGGAGAGCCGAAGCAGCCCAAUGGCAUCAUUGAAGGCUACCGUGUGGUCUACGAGCCCUGUACUCCUGUGGAUGGUGUCAGUAAGGUUGUAACUGUGGAUGUGAAGGGCAGUGCUCCCCUCUGGAUGAAAAUCAAAGACUUGGCAGACGGAGUGACCUAUAACUUCCGUAUCCGUGCCAAAACCGUGACCUAUGGCCCAGAGGUGGAGGCUAAUAUCACCACAGGACCCGGAGAAGGUGCUCCGGGUCCCCCUGGCGAGCCAUUUAUCUCCCGUUAUGGUUCAGCUCUCACCCUCCACUGGUCCAGUGGUGAUCCUGGACGAGCCCCCAUUACACGCUAUGUUAUAGAGGCCAGGCCAUCUGAUGAAGGAUUAUGGGAUAUUCUUAUUAAAGAUAUUCCCAAAGAAGUAACAUCUUAUACUUUGAAUUUGGAUAUGCUGAGAGAAGGUGUCACCUAUGACUUCCGAGUCAUAGCUGUGAAUGACUAUGGCUAUGGUUCACCCAGCUCUCCCUCACCUUCGAUAUCUGCCCAGAAAAUUUCCCCAUUUUAUGAAGAGUGGUGGUUCCUGGUUGUGAUUGCUCUUGUGGGCCUAAUCUUCAUCCUUCUCCUCAUCUUCAUCCUCAUCAUCCGUGGACAGAGUAAAAAGUACACCAAGAAGACAGAUUCAGGUUCACACUCAAACUGCACGUCUAUGCCCCUCAGCCAUGGAGAGAUGGUCCGACUGGACGAGGGCCGCUUCCCCGCCUUGGAACUCAAUAACAGACGACUCUCGGUCAAAAAUUCCUUCUGCCGUAAGAACGGCAUCUACACACGGUCUCCACCAAGACCGAGUCCUGGCAGCCUUCACUAUUCUGACGAGGACGUCAGCACUAAGUACAAUGACCUGAUUCCAGCUGAAAGCAGCAGCCUGACAGAAAAACCCUCUGAGGUGUCUGACUCACAGGGCAGCGACAGCGAAUACGAGAUGGAUCAAAACCGACAAAAGACCCACUCCUUCGUCAACCACUACAUCAGCGACCCCACCUACUACAACUCCUGGCGUCGUCAGCAGAAGGGCGUCUCCCGUCCCCCCGCGUACGGCUACUCCCAACCCGACACGGUGGCCGAGCAGGAGUCCCGGCCCCACCCGCCCCCCUUGCCCCCAUUACCGCCCCUGCUGCCCCACAGUAACCCUUCCCCACAGCCCCAGGGCCAGGGAACCCUGUUCAGGCCCAAGGGCAGCCGGACUCCCACACCCUCGCUGCUGUCCUCAGAGGCCCAUAGUCAGCACACCCUCUAUAGACCCCCAAGCAGCUUGGGUACCUCCACCCAGACCCCUUCCACAGGGUUCUCCUCUUUCGUUUGA